UUGAUGUCGGGAGCGAAUCGUGUACCUAGGACGGAUAACUCAGGCGCAGGGAAGGGUGGCGGGCUAGGCAGUCGAUGAGCAGCCACCAUGGACACAGGACCCGUGAACAACGUGAUCUUGCUGGCGGACAGUUACAAGGUGGGGCACUACCAGCAGUACCCUCCCGACACCACGCUCCUCUACUCCUACUUCGAGUCCCGCGGAGGCAAAUUCCCGUACGUCUGCUUCUUCGGGCUGCAAUACAUCCUGAAGCGGUGGCUGGCGGGGCCAGUGGUAACGAAGGAGGCCGUGAAGGAGGCGAAGGAGAUUUACGCAAGUGUCUAUCAGCGGGACGACAUCUUCAAUGAGGCAGGAUGGAACCAUAUCAUCGAGCACCACGGGGGUCGGCUGCCUCUGCGCAUCAAGGCCGUGCCCGAGGGGACCGUCCUGCCCACCAGGAACGUCCUCUUCACCGUAGAGAACACUGACCCGGCGGUGCCCUGGCUCACCAACUUUUUCGAGACGGUGUUGGUGCAGGUGUGGUACCCGAUGACCGUCGCCACCAUCUCCCGGGUCAACAAGCAGGUCAUCCACCACUACCACCGCCUCACCUGCGAGACCACAGCCUUUGCAGAGAUCAGCCUUCACGACUGUGGGUACCGCGGCGUGUCCUCGGUGGAGAGCGCGGCCCUUGGAGGCGCCGCCCACAUGGUCAACUUCCAGACGUCAGAUACGGUGGCGGGAACAUGCCUGUUGCGGAAGUACUACCACGUGGACACCGUCGGGGGAUACUCGGGGGCUUUCUCCGAGCACUCCACCGUCACCUCCUGGGGCAGGGAGACCGAGGCUGAGGCACACAGCAACCUCAUCAGGGCCAACCCUGGCGGCCAAGUGGGGUGCGUGGUGGACUCAUACAACUUGUGGCAGUGCUGUGACGAGAUCUUCGGCGUGAAGCUGAAGGAGCUGGUAUUGGAGCACGCCAAGAAGGGAGGGAGGUUGGCUUUACGUCCUGACAGCGGCGACCCGAAAGUGGUAGCUCUGCGGUGCCUUGAGAUUCUAGGCAAGCACUUUGGAGUGGAGACCAACAGCAAGGGAUACAAAAUGUUGCCGCCCUUCUUGAUGGUGGUGAUUGGCGACGGAGUAAACUACAAAAUAAUUGCCGAUGUUCUGGAGGUGUUGAAGGAAAACGGCUGGUCUGCCGCAAGCGUGGGCUUCGGCGCGGGGGCGUCACUGCUACAGCGGAUGGACCGAGACACACAGAAGUGUGCCUUCAAGUGCAGCCUGGCAGUGGUAGGCGGCCGGGAGGUGGAGGUGUACAAGGAUCCCGUCACAGACCCCGGCAAGACCAGCAAGAAGGGCCGCCUCAGCCUCCACCGCCGCGACGGCCAGUACACCACCGCCCAGCAGGGACAGGGUGACCCAGAAACGGAUCUGCUGGUGCCCGUGUUCGAGAACGGAGAGUUGCUCCGGGACUACACUUUCGAGGAAAUCCGUCAGCGCGCCCAGAUCACCGAUGAUGACCCGGACAUCUUGGAGAUCCUGAAGGCUUGCUAGCAAUAAUGGCACCGAGCAGGCAGCCACAAGGGCAGAAGGAGCAGGGCUCCCUCAGUUUUGAAAGUGGAGGGAUCGACUUAUCUUUUGGCCUCAAUCAAUCAAUCAAUCAAUCACUUUUUACGUAAAAUGUAAAUAAAAAUGUGCUUUAAGGCUAUAUCCUGUAAGAAUGAGACUAAACAUAAUACCACCUGUUGGGUGCAAGAAAAGAUCACAAAAAAUGUCUCAAUAGACUUGGUUUUUGUUAAAGUAAACGAACAAAAUGCCUCAAGAGCUGGGACUCAUUAUCUUGGAAAUGCUCUUGAGAUUUCUGAAUUUCUUAUUCUAGGUAGCAAUUGGUAACUCCUGCCAGCUGCAGCCAUUUGAUGUUGAGCGGCUGAUUAACCAUGCACUAUAGACCAUCGACUCUAACUUGAGCCCUGUGGCUUGGCACGGGGAAGCCCCCAUUGUUACGGAUCUUGCGAUGACCUGCGCAUGGCGAUCUGUCUCACUGCUAGUCUGUACAUUAUCUAUUUAUGGAAUAUAUAUAUAUAUAUAUAUAUAUAUAUAUAUAUAUAUAUAUAUAUAUAUAUAUAUAUAUAUAUAUAUAUAUAUAUAUAUAUGUGUGUGUGUGUAUAUAUAUCACUAAAGAGGAGGAAGUAAGUGUUCUGCAUCACUUGCAGUCGACUCCAUAUUAGCUAAAUCACUGUCCACCUCGAAAUGAAAUCGUCGUCAUGGGCGACUUUAACGCUGCUUUUGGCGCGAAGACAGCUUUGAGUUAGAUGUUGGUCCAAUAGGUCUCUAAUGAAUUUUGAGAUCCAGAAUGUAGAGAACUGCAGGUCCACUGUUGAAACGCCGGAGUAAAUAUUAAAAAUGCUUUAGGUUAUGUCGAUACUAGACCCAUAGAAGUGCACAAGUCUUCAAGCUGGUGGAGGGCUAAGGUAAGCGUCCGUGGAGCAUUACGCUGAAGAAGUAUAUCAUCAGCAUAUAUAAAUACUUCUGUGACCUGAGGAAAGGGGUACUGUGCAGUUUUGUCCAUGAGAAUAUUACAGAGCAAAAGACUAAGGACCUCUCCCUGUGGAGUGCCCAAUUCAAAACUCCCUUCAGCAGAAGAGGCUCCAUGGAACCACACCUUAGCCUUCCUAUCAUGCAAAUAGUCUUUGACCCACCCCAGUAAUUUCCCUUUAACGCCCUUUAAAGUAAGUUGUUCCAAUAUAACCUCUUUAUUGGCUCUGUCAAAGGCACCUUUAAGGUCAAUGAAAGCACGACAAACAGCACCUGCAGAACUUAAGCACUGAAUAAAGCAGUCACCAGUGGAGCGUCCCUUCAUAAAGCCAUACAGAUUCCGUGACAUGGUAUCUCCCACUUUGUACAGUUUAAGCGCCUAAGUAGUAUCCUUUCCAUCAUCUUACACAGACAGCUAGUUGAGGAAAUAGGUCUAAAGCUACCGUCACCCUUGGGGAUGGGAAUGAUUGUAGCAGUUUUCCAGGCAGAUGGUAGGCAUUGUGAGUUGUAAGACAUGUUAAACAAAUCUAAGAUAGGACUAUCUUUUAUGACUAGUAAGGCAUUGAUAACAUCAUAAGUGAGCCCAUCUGCACCAGGAGCUGUAGACUUGCCCGAUUUAACUGCACAAAGCAGUUUGUCACGGGUUAUGGGUACACAGGUAUCAUCAAGAAGUGACAAGUUGUAUUCAACGCUGGCUAUACGCCUCCGUGGCCUAGUGGUCAGCGUGCCUGGCUUCUAUUCCGCGGGCCCUGGUUCGAAUCCCGGCCCGGGUAGUCGGCGUGCUCACCUAGCUGUUCAUCCUGGGAAACCUGGGGAAGGUAAACUGUGGUAUCCGGAUGUCACACUGGCCCUGUGUCCCGGGGUAAUGGGCUCCCUCCCACGACAGGCUCAAGGGCCAAUGUCACGGAGAUGAGCACCGAGGCCACGCGCUGCCACAGCGUAUGCCCCCAACUUUACCUUUACCUAGUCUGCGUUGCCUAUGGCAGUCUAGGGCAGCUCUGUGAGGCUGCAGGUGUUUAGCAAUUCACGUGCCUUCCCAGCUGGGUCAGGAUCACUGGCGAGGGGCCGGCCCCGACCUCUCACCCGAUUUACAAAACGCCAAAUUCCUGUUAUGGAUUUUGUGGCACGUACAUCAUUUAAAAAGGCACCCCAAUAUUCUUUCCUCAUUUUUUGACGGAGUUCAGUCAAAUGACGGGCAACAGUAGUCAUAGCAGUGCGAGCAUCUAGAUUCGUGGGAUCUUGCCGCCAGCGCCUCUGGUAUAUGGCAAGCGUCCGCUGACAGGAAGUUAUGACUGGGUGGUACAUACCGGUGGCCUGGAAAGAAUCCCGCUACGCCCAUGCAAUAAACUCCUCAAUUGUACUAACAAUAAGGUGACCAGAUUUCUGAGACAAAAUCCGGGGACAUUUUCGGUUCAGAGGCGUAAAAACCUCCAAAACAUGUAGUGUUUUUGUCAUUGAAAAACUAAAACGGGGACACUUUCAUUAGAGUACUUGCAUCACGUUGCAACCAGGAAAAUCGCCAUUUUCCCUUGUGUCAUUCAGUACAUGGUUUCCUGUAUCGGUGUUACUGUGAAAUAAAACUGUAAAUGUUCUCUUUUUUCCAUAUUUUCCAUAUUAUAAGUAAGCUCAGCGAUUCGGUCUUGCUUCGACAUCCCAUGAGAGCCUAUAGGAACUAGCUGGAAGCAGUGUCACAUAGCAGAAAGAGGUGUCUCUUCUGUCCAGCAAAAGGAGCCACCCAGACCAGACUGCAUUCACUGCAGUAAGCCUGUGUGUCCAAAGCACUCCAGUGUGCUGUUUGAUGAGUGCCAUGGAUUGGAAUGAGUAAUUAUGUUAAUUUUAUAUUGCACACUCAAAUUUACGGUAUGUUGCUGCAAGAUGGCGCCACUAUAAACAUUGGCCUGCGCCACGACGGGCUGGGCCAUACCAUCAGGCCCCUCCAAAAGCAAGCCUACCGGCGCCACAGGCGAAGAUAUAUAUAAAAAAUAAAAAAUAAAAAAUCACCAUGAUAAGUCAGUACCGCCAAAUCUGCGCACGUAAAAUGAGUGUUUUACAUUUGUUCCGCGAAUCCGCGGUGACGUUUCCUGCAACAUUGAGGACGCACUGGCUGCCAGGGGCACUGGACACCUCUCAAGAGUUAUACAGAAUACUUUGUUUUCAUGUAAUUCAUAUACUUUUUAUAAGUAAAAUUUAAAGUGGAGUAAUUAAAGUAUUUUUUGGAAAAA